AUGGGCCGGGUUCCACAGAUCGUCUUCUACGAGGACAAGAGCUUCCAGGGCCGACGCUAUGAGUGCGACAGCGACUGCUCCGACUUCCACGCCUACCUGAGCCGCUGUAACUCCAUCCGGGUGGAGACCGGGGCCUGGGUGGUGUACGAGAGGCCCAACUACAUGGGCUACCAGUACGUCCUGACCAGGGGCGAGUACCCGGAGUACCAGCGCUGGAUGGGACUCAACGACCGGCUCAGCUCCUGCAAGAUGAUCCACUUUGUAAGUCAGACACCUGGACUAAGGGUAACCGGUGGGACCCAGUACAAGAUGCAGCUCUAUGAGAGGGCCGACUUCCUGGGCCAGGCCCUGGAGGCCACAGAGGACUGCCCCUCCCUCCUGGAGAAGUUCCGCUGGCGGGAGGUCAACUCCUGCAAGGUCUUCGACGGCUGCUGGGUUUUCUACGAGCAUCCCAACUACCGGGGGCGCCAGUACUUCCUGGAGAAGGGAGAGUACCUCAAACCUGGCGACUGGGGGGCCAGCAGUCCCACGGUCAUGUCCUUCAGGCGCUUCACUGAGUGA